UAGUAAAAAAAACAUAAUAUUUAAAAGAAAAAAAAGAGUCAGUGGCCGCCGUUAGCUUUUUCUUUUCAGUCGCCCGAGGCGUUAAUUAAUUUGGUUAGACGUAAUAGGGAAUGGACGAAAUUGAAGAAUUAACGCGAAUGUUGAGCAGCGAAGGAGAAGAAGAAGAAGAUGAUGAAGAAGAAGCAAUCGAACAAGAAGAAGAAGAAGAAGAUGAGGAAGAAGAAGCAAUCGAACAAGAAGAAGAAGAAGCAAUCGAACAAGAAGAAGAGGAAGCAGAAGAAGAAGAGCAAUUUGAAUAUGAAGCUCUUGCUUCUAAAAAACGUAAACUACUUGCUGAUGCAACAGGUUCAGGGUCAGGGGAGAAGGUUAGGACAGAGGAUAUAAAUAGUGCUCUCAUUGAUGAAGUUAUGCGAGGGUUUAAUUUGGGUACCCGCAGAAAGUCACGCAAGUCUAAGAAAAGAGGUAGGAGGAGAGGCUCCAAAAAUAAACUCACCCCUGAAAUUACAAAGAUGCUUGGUGAUGCUACUGUUCUCUGUGCACAUGGUCAACACCAAGAGGCCAUAUCUGUUUUGAAUGAAGUUGUUAGGGUAGCACCGCAUGUACCUGAUGCAUACCAUACACUAGGACUUGCCCAUGAGUCACUUGGUAAUACUGAAAAAGCGAUGGCAUUUUAUGCAAUUGCAGCACGUCUUAUGCCGAAAAAUUCAGUCUUGUGGAAGACGCUUUUUACCUGGCACAACGAAAGAGGAGAUGUGGCUCGAGCCAGUAUGUACCUCGCUAAAGCUAUAAGGGCAGAUCCUAAUGAUAUUUCACUCAGAAAACGUCAGGCAUUGCUUUAUGUUAAGCUUGGGAAUUUCCAAAAAGCUGCCGAGUCAUAUGAUCAAAUAUUGCAAAUUUGUUCUGAAGAUAUUGAAGUGCUGAAGAUAGCUGCUGAGCUAUACUCUGAAUGUGGUCAAUCAGAACGAAGUGUCAGCAUUUUGGAGAAAUAUUUCGAUGGUCAUCCAUCUGGAGCUGAUUUUAGCGUGAUUGAUUUGCUUGCUGCUGUACUCAUGGAUACCAAUGCAUAUAAUAAGGCACUUCAGCAUAUUGAGCAUGCUCACCUGGUUUACUAUUCAGGAAAGGAAAUGCCUUUGCAAUUGAAAAUAAAAGCAGGAAUCUGCCACAUUCACCUUAAAAAUGUUGAGAAAGCGGAGAUGCUCUUCAGUAAUCUGGAGCUGGAGAGUGUUAGUCAUGCUGAAUUGAUUAUGGAUGUAGCUAAUGCGUAUAUGAAUCUGGAGCAUCUUCAGCUUGCACUGAAGUACUAUCUUAUCUUGGAGUCAAAUGCUGGAGGUGAAAAUGGCUAUAUACAUUUGAAAAUUGCUCAAUGUUACUUAUCUUUGAAAGAUCGAGAAAAAGCAACUAUGUUCUUUUACAAAGCUUUGCAUGCACUUGAAGAUAGUGUUGAUUGUCGAUUAGCUUUGGCAUCCCUGAUCCUUGAGGAUGGUAAAGAAGACGAAGCUAUUUCUUUGCUAGCACCUCCAGAAGGUUUAGAUUCCAUCAAUUUAAGUUCUGAUAAGCAUAAACCAUGGUGGCUUGAUGGCAAAAUAAAACUGAGGCUUUGCCACAUAUAUAGGUCCAGAGGAAUGCUUGAAGAUUUUAUCAACACUAUACUCCCUUUGGUCCGUGAAUCACUUUAUGUCAAAUCCCUUCGCCAGAAGGUAAAGAGGAGGCUGACAACAAGUGUUCUCCGUAAAAGAACCAAAAUUCUAGAUGUUGGGGAAAUUAAUGAUGUAUUUGGGGGAGUUAGACCGUUGGCUUCCCGCUCGGAUCUAUUGAAAGCUACUAGAGCAAGGAAGAUGCUUCAGAAGAAGGAAGAAGAGAAAGUAGAGGCGAGGGCUGCUGGCAUUGAUUGUCAUAGUGAUGAUUCAGAUGAUGAGUCAUUGGAAGAAGAAGUCAGAAUCCCUCCCCUUCCUAACUUCUUAAAGGACGAAGAGCAUCAUAAUCUGAUUAUAGAUUUGUGCAAGGCACUUCAAUCACUACAGAGGUACUGGGAGGCACUAGAGAUUAUUAAUCUUACUCGAAGAUUGGCAUAUAAGAAUCUGCCUAAUGAGAAGAAGGAGGAACUUCAGUCUCUUGCAGCUCAAAUAUCAUAUAAGACCACUGACCCUAAGCAUGGGUUUGACUGUGUAAGGUCCAUUGUUGUGCAGCAUCCAUACAGCCUUGCUGCCUGGAACUGCUAUUACAAAAUAACUCUAAGGUUAGGAAAGAACUACUCACGGCAUGCGAAGUUUCUACGCUAUAUGCGAAGCAAACACAAUGAUUGUGUACCACCCAUAAUCAUUUAUGGACAUCAGUUUACUGUGGCCAGCCAUCACCAAGAUGCUGCAAGAGAAUACCUUGCAGCUUAUAAACUAUUGCCUGAGAGUCCUCUGAUUAAUCUUUGUGUUGGAACUUCCUUGAUCAAUUUGGCCCUCGGAUUUAGACUUCAAAAUAAGCAUCAUUGUCUUGCACAAGGCUUAUCAUUCCUCUAUAAAAAUCUAAAGCUUGCUGAAAAUAACCAGGUAAGUUUGCAGGAGGCAUUAUAUAACAUUGCUCGUGCAUAUCAUCAUGUUGGACUAGUAUCUCUAGCAGCUUCAUAUUAUGAAAAGGUGCUUGGAAUACGUGAGAAGGAUUACACCAUUCCAAAACUUCUGAAUGAGAACUCAGAUAUGGGAAAUCUGAAGCCUGGUUACUGCGACCUGCGUAGGGAGGCAGCUCAUAAUUUGCACUUAAUUUACAGGAAAAGUGGAGCAUUUGAUCUUGCUAGGCAGGUCUUGAAAGAUCAUGCAGAUUUUGAUUAAAUAUGCUUUAAUUACUCAAGUAGCCUGUAUAACACGCGAGUUUAUCUUUUGUGUAUAUAUCAUCUUUGUAAAUUGACAUGGAUAACAAUUAGUAUACUUUAUUGCUUUAAGAAAGAUCAUUAUAUUUAUGUAUUAGAAACUUUCUUUAUCAA